CAGGGAUUUCAAAACCAAAACUAAAUUAAAGUGGAAACUCAGAUUUUUUUGUUUAUGCAAAUAGUUUGUUCCCUACAACAUUCCUCCGGGAAUGCACCCCCCCCACCUCUACAGCAUUCCCUCCCCGUCCCUCCUCCUCCACAUGCCCUCCUGCUCCCUCCACGCACAGUGCACAAAGAGACGCUGUCAGGAGAACCCAGAAUCCGAAAAGGGGCCUUGAGAAAUGUGGCUCUUGUACCUCCUGGUGCCCACCCUGUUCUGCAGGGUGGGGAGCUCCAACCCCAUCCCUCAGAAGCUCUUUGGAGAGGUGACUUCCCCUCUAUUCCCCAAGCCAUACCCCAGCAACUUCGAGACAACCACUGUGAUUACAGUCCCCACAGGAUACAGGGUGAAGCUCUUCUUCUGGCACUUUGACCUGGAGCCUUCCGAAGGCUGUUUCUAUGACUAUGUCAAGAUCUCUGCUGAUAAGAAAAACCUGGGGAGGUUCUGUGGGCAGCCAGGAUCUCCACUGGGCAACCCCCCAGGAAAGAAGGAAUUUCUGUCCCAAGGGAACAAGAUGCUGCUCACCUUCCACACGGACUUCUCCAAUGAGGAGAAUGGGACCAUCAUGUUCUACAAGGGCUUUCAGGCCUACUAUCAGGCUGUGGACCUUGAUGAAUGUGCUUCCCAGCACAACUUGGCUGAGGAAGACCCCCAGCCCCAGUGCCAGCACCUGUGUCACAACUACGUUGGUGGCUACUUCUGUUCCUGUCGUCCAGGCUAUGAGCUUCAGAAGGACAGGCAUUCCUGCCUGGCCGAGUGCAGCAGCGAGCUGUACACAGAGCCAUCGGGCUACAUCUCCAGCCUGGAGCACCCCAACCCCUACCCGCCGGACCUGCGCUGCAACUACAGCAUCCGCGUGGAGAGGGGCCUCACCCUCCACCUCAAGUUCCUAGAGCCUUUCGAGAUUGAUGACCACCAGCAAGUGCGCUGCCCCUAUGACCAGCUCCAGAUCUAUGCCAACGGGAAGAACAUUGGCGAGUUCUGUGGGAAGCAAAGGCCCCCCGACCUUGACACCAGCAGCAAUGCUGUAGAUCUACUGUUCUUCACAGAUGAGUCAGGGGACAGCCGGGGCUGGAAGCUGCACUACACCACUGACAUCAUCAAGUGCCCCCAGCCCAAGACCCUAGAUGAGUUCACCAUCAUCCAGGACCUACAGCCUCAGUACCAAUUUCGUGACUACUUCAUUGUCACCUGCAAGCAAGGUUACCAGCUCGUGGAGGGACAAAAGGCCCUGAUGUCUUUCACUGCUGUCUGCGAAGAUGAUGGCACCUGGCAUCGUGCCAUGCCCAGGUGCAAGAUCAAGGACUGUGGGCAGCCCCGAAGUCUGACUAAUGGGGAUUUCCGUUAUACCACCAAAGAGGGGGUGAACACAUACCAGGCGCGUAUCCAGUAUUACUGCCACGAACCAUAUUACAAGAUGCAGACCAGAGAUGGCAGCAGUGAGUUGGAACGAGGGAUGUACACCUGCACAGCUCAGGGCAUUUGGAAGAAUGAACGGGAGGGAGAGAAGAUUCCUCGGUGCUUACCAGUGUGUGGGAAGCCUGUCCACCCAGUGGAACAGAAGCAGCGCAUCAUAGGAGGGCAGAGAGCCAAGCCAGGCAACUUCCCCUGGCAGGCGUUCACCAACAUCUAUGGGCGCGGGGGCGGGGCCCUGCUGGGCGACCGCUGGAUCCUCACUGCUGCCCACACCCUCUACCCCAAGGAUCACGACAUGCAAAACAACGCCACCGUGGAUGUGUUCUUAGGCCACACGAAAGUGCAAGAGAUCAUGAAACUGGGGAAUCACCCAGUCCGCAGGGUCAGCAUCCACCCAGACUACCGUCAGGAUGAGUCCCACAAUUUUGAGGGGGACAUCGCCCUGCUGGAGCUGGAGAAUAGCGUCACCCUGGGCCCUAACCUCCUCCCCAUCUGCCUCCCUGAUAACGAGACCUUCUAUGACAAGGACCUCAUGGGUUACGUCAGUGGCUUUGGGAUAACAGAGGAGAGGCUUUCUAAUGACCUCAGGUUUGUCCGUCUGCCCGUAGCUAUGCGAGAGCUCUGUGAGAAUUGGCUCCAGGAAAAGAAGAGGAAUGAUGUGUUUUCUCAAAAUAUGUUCUGUGCUGGGGACCCAACUCUGAAGCAGGAUGCUUGUCAGGGCGAUAGUGGGAGUGUUUUUGCAGUGAAGGGCCAGGAUGAUCGCUGGGUGGCCACUGGCAUCGUGUCGUGGGGCAUCGGGUGCAGCAGGGGGUAUGGCUUCUACACCAAACUACUUAACUAUGUGGACUGGAUCAAGAAAGAAAUGGAGCAGGAGAGCUGAUCCCAGAAUUUCCUAGAUCGUAGUCCAGAGAAAUGUGUAUGAAAAAGCCAUUAUCUGACCAGUUAUCAAUAACCACUAAGUGUCUUUAUUAAAAUCACUGAUGCAGAAAGA